UCAGGGCUGCGGAGAGAUUGCCCAACGUCGUCACGCGGCUGCUCUCCACCACCCCUUGCCCGCUGUGCACCUUGGCGACGUCCGCCUCACCAGUCACCGGCCUCACCGCUCUCCAGCCUACCGGUCAACGAUUUCCUCUGUAUAUUACCUUCUAACUAAAGCUCUCUACAAGCUCAGAAUUUGCAUUUAGGGGGUCCGUCUCGAAUUUGAGCUUUACGGUGUCCAUAGCCCCCACACAGAGAUUGAGAGCAUACUGGCAAUGAUGGAACUGGAGAGAUGGGGCCCAUCUAAGUUCCUGCCAACAUCGAGGCUGUUGAUUGUCCUGGCCUUCGUCUCUUGCCUCUCUUGUGUAUUUGUUGCCGGACGGUCAGCUGAUGGUUACACUAUCAACGGCCGUGUGAAAAUUCCGACAGGUGCAGGAGCAAAGGGAUUUGGCCUUCUAGGAAAGAUAUCAGAUGUCAAAGUUAUACUGAAUGGUGGUCAGAAGGUCACUUUUUUGAGGCCUGAUGGAUAUUUUUCAUUCUACAAUGUGCCCGCUGGGACUCAUUUAAUAGAAGUUGCUGCCAUCGGCUAUUUCUUCUCUCCGGUCCGGGUUGAUGUCAGCGCUAGAAAUCCGGGGAAAGUUCAGGCGGCCUUGACAGAGAACCGGAGGGGACUAAUUGAGCUGGUUCUGGAGCCAUUGAGAGAAGAACAGUACUAUGAGAUUAGGGAGCCCUUCUCGAUAAUGUCCGUUGUGAAAAGUCCAAUGGGCUUGAUGAUGGGAUUCAUGCUGAUUGUUGUGUUCCUGAUGCCAAAACUAGUGGAGAAUAUGGAUCCAGAAGAGAUGAGGCGGGCACAGGAAGAGAUGAGGAGCCAGGGAGUCCCAUCUUUGUCUAGCCUUUUACCCAGUGCUGCAAGAAAUUAGAGGCACCCCUACCACAUAAUGAUCCAGAAUGUGAAGAGUGAUCGGGCAGUGAGAUCUCGAGGCUCUUCUUGCUUACGUUUUUGGACGUCCCUUGAACUUGCAUGACCAUUGCUCUAGCGUCUUUGUUUUUUAUUCCUCUGAAUUGAGUUUUACGAGAGGUCGGACAUCCAUCUUUUGCGAUCCAGCUGAGGUUCAGCUGACAAUAGGAACCGCCAGCUUAACCAGUUUGUUGUCAGUCAUCGUAAACCUAAGUAGAUACUGAAUCUAUGUUAUAUAUCUUUUUCCUUAGCUGCAACAGAUCAUCUUUGUUUUCGAA